AAAUGAGCCCCGCAUUGCCCUCGUCGAGCGGCGCGUACAUGCCGCCGUUCCACCUUGCGAUUGCCGUCCACGAUCUCCCGCUCGCCACCUCGUUUUACAAGGACGCGCUCGGCUGCACGGACGGUGCGUCGUCCAAGCACUGGCAGAUGCUCAACAUGUAUGGUCACCAACUGGUGCUCCACGACGCAGGCCCUACCUACCGCGCUCUCGAGCUCGUCAAUGAGCACGAUGACGUGCCCAUGCCCCACUUUGGCGUGUGCUUGACCGUCCAUGUGUUUCAUGCGCUGUGCGACCGGGUCGCGUCGUACGACAAGGGGAUGCAUAUCGUGCACCAGCCGCACGUGCGGUAUGCCGGCACUGCAGGCGAGCAGUGGAAGAUCUUCUUCCGCGAUCCGAGCGGCAACAACCUCGAGCUCAAGGCCUACGUCAACCCAGACGCCAUGUUUGCUACUUAUAGCGAGACGUAAUGCC